AUGACGUUUGGCCCGUUUACGGUGAAGUGCGUCAACAGGGAGCAGUUGAAAUUGGACUGUACGACAACGGCUGUGAUUAUGGUGACAUCAUUGGUUGUCGAGGAGAAUGGUGUUCAAGUGCAUAAGCUGGAGCACUAUCAUUGGCUCGAUUGGCCCGAUCGUGGUGUGCCAACUGUCGAUUUGGCUCCUAUCAAGCUCCUCGAAAAGAUCUCUCCCACACAGACACCAAUUGUGAUCCAUUGUUCUGCUGGAAUCGGUCGUACUGGCGCAAUCUGCCUGCUUCAAUACACCCUCGAAUCGAUCGCUACCGGGCAGCCGUGCGAGCAAAUCGACGUGCUGAUGAUCAAGCUGCGCGAGCAACGUGCAAACUCGGUGCAGACCGACGCCCAAUACCUCUACGUCCAUCAGCUUCUCCUCCAUUACUUCGAAAUGGAGGGCUAUUUGGACGCGUCGAUCGAGAAACCGCUGCAGCAGUUCCGCGAUAAGUACGAGGAUUAUGCCUCCAAGUUCAAGACC